CGAACGAAGGCUGGUGUAGCCGCUCUCCGAGAAAUCAGGAAAUACCAGAAGUCUACGGAGCUUUUAAUACGCCGACUUCUAUUCUCAAGGAUUUGUCGAGAGAUUACGAUGGAUUUGGCAACUAAUGCUAGCAAUAGUGUAUGCCGUUUUCAAGCUGAGGCUCUACUUUGCUUGCAGGAAGCAACGGAAGCUUUUCUUAUACAGGAGUUCGAAGUCUCUAAUAUACUAGCGAUUCACGCAAAACGGGUAACCUUACAACAGAAGGACAUGAAACUUUGUCGCUAG